AGAAAUCCAGACCGGCGAGCGGAUCUCUCUCGACUAGCCUCUGAACAAGCCAUUGCAUCCCGGCUACAAGCGAACCGCGUUCCACCACGAGCUUUUCAACCGUGCGAAAGGCAACGAGUUGAGACUUGUGAACGAUGAUCUCUUGGCUUUUAAUACGCAAAGUAGCAGUCAGUGGGACGGGUUUGGGCAUUUUGGGUAUUUGAAAGAGAAACGAUAUUUCAACAAUACGACUCAUGAAGAUAUCAUGGACUACUCUGUGCUGGGUAUCGAUGGCCUGGGCAGAGAGCGGUGGCAUCGUAGGUCGCGGCGUCCUACUCGACUAUGCAUCCUGGGCAUCACAGAACUCAAUUAAGCUAACCCCCUUCUCCUCAACCACAAUCCUGCUCUCUCACCUCCAACGCCUCAUCACAGACCAAAACAUCGUUUUCCACCCAGGCGAUAUCCUCUUCCUUCGCACCGGCUUCACCGUCGCAUUCAACGCACUAGAUGAUAGCGAACAGAAAAUUCUGGUCGCACGCGCAACAGCUGAUUUCGCCGGCGUCGAAUCCAGCGAAGCCAUGCUGAAAUUCUUGUGGGAGAACCAAUUCGCGGCUGUAGCGGGCGAUUGUCCGAGUUUUGAAAGCAGUCCUGUGACAGGAGGGGCGAUGUGGUGUUUGCAUGAGUGGUUGUUGGCGGGCUGGGGAAUGCCUAUUGGAGAGAUGUUUGAUUUGGAGAGGUUGGGUGAGAUGUGUAGACGCAAAGGCAGGUGGAGCUUCUUUCUGUGUAGUGUGCCUCUGAAGGUCCCGGGUGGGGUCGCUAAUCCGCCGAAUGCGGUUGCUAUCUUUUAACAUCUGAGUAUGGGCUCUGUUCGGAGCUGCUAUAGCUAUAAAGUGUUUUAGUUUGGAUA